GGUAUUUACGUAGUGAGCGCUUGCGGCUUUGACUGUGUCCCUACCGAUUUGGGAAUCAUUUUCACGCAAGAGAAAUUUGGAGGAGAAGUCAAUGAUGUUGAAGUAUACAUGUCGAUAUGGUCAACCGCCACCGAUAACAAACAUACGUAUCUGAAUUAUGGAACUUGGGAAUCUGCGAUAUAUAGUCUGGCUCAUGCACAUGAACUACGGGAAUUACGCGAAAAAUUGUAUCCUACCAAAUUGCCCGAAUUUACACCAAAAUUAAAACCAAGAGGUCUAGGUCUAGUUCACCGAAGUGAUGUCUCUGAAGGAUGGUCUGUACGGUUUCCAAGUGCCGAUCGUCCACUAGCUCUUCGUACACAGCGAUUCCUGUAUGACAAGUACAAAGAGAGGCCUGCACAAGUUCAAGUUUAUGCCACGUUGAAGUCUUUCAUUGCGCUCCUGAUGUUGUCUAUUACCGGUAUGAUUUUGUUAAUCAUGACUCGCAUGGCAUGCGGUCGUAAUUUACUUCUAAAAUAUCCCUCUUUAUUUUCAUUCGGUUUUAUCAGCCACGAGAAUCCGAAUAUGGAAACUUUGAAAUCGACACACUUUUCUAUAACGUUCAAAGCCCGUGGAUGGACUGAAAAAUUGGCGGAACCUACUGAUAAACACACAAAUCCACCUAAUAAGGAAGUAGUCACCAAAGUCACCGGUGAUUCUCCCGCAUAUGAAGGGACUAGCAUCAUAGCGAUCUUAUCGGCAAUUACAAUCCUUAACGAAAGUGACAAAAUACCUGACAAUGGAGGAGUGCUCACUCCCGGUGCUGCAUUUGGUAAAACGUCUCUGAUCGAGCAAAUGAAUAAACACAACAUUAAAUUCGAGGUGAUAUCAUCUAUCGAAAACGGGUAUAACUAUCCCAAACCGCUCGACGUAUCCUGGAAACCUCCUCACCUUCCGAAUCGAAACCAAGUGCCAAGAAUCGAACGAUCGACACGCGAAAGAUUAUCAAUCAUGAACGGAGUAUCGAGCCAAUGCGCGAAGCUGAAGAUGUAUGAUGGCGAGGACGAUAAUUCGAUAAUGAUCAAGAAGCCCUUACCAUUGAGGGCGGUUUCGUGGAGCGACAAUAUCGAAGAAACUGAUCUGGAUGUCCCCGGUACACCAAGAACACCGCGUACAUCCACGACAAAAGGCCACGAGAAAUGUAUGUUCCAUCACGAUUUAGAGCUGGACCACCGACCGCCCACGCGAGAGGCGAUGCUACCGGAAAUGUCCCGAAGUUACAAGCUGCUCCUGAGUUCGCUGGGCGAAGAUCCGGAACGACAGGGACUCCUAAAAACGCCGGAACGCGCCGCAAAGGCCAUGCUCUUUUUUACGAAAGGCUACGAUCAGAGUCUCGAAGAUGUAAUUAAUGACGCUAUAUUUGACGAGGAUCACGAUGAGAUGGUGGUGGUAAAAGACAUUGAGAUGUUCUCCAUGUGCGAGCACCAUUUGGUACCGUUCUAUGGCAAGGUUUCAAUCGGCUAUCUUCCCUGCAAAAAAAUAUUAGGCCUCAGCAAACUCGCCAGAAUCGUGGAGAUCUUCAGCAGACGACUCCAGGUGCAGGAGCGACUCACGAAACAAAUCGCGAUAGCGGUCACGAAGGCUGUGCAGCCUGCGGGAGUCGCCGUCGUGGUUGAGGGAGUGCACAUGUGCAUGGUGAUGAGGGGCGUGCAGAAGAUCAACAGCAAGACAGUGACCUCGACGAUGCUGGGCGUGUUCCGGGACGACCCGAAGACCCGCGAGGAAUUCCUGAAUCUGGUGCACAACAAGUAAACGGUCGGAUCGCGUCGCGGUGUCAUUAUCGUCGGCCACCGUGGGACCACUAAAUUCCAACGCGUGACACCCCGACUGCUCUCCGACGUCCGACCGCUACCUCGUUGCGAAGCCCUCGCCCCCCAGGGCUUCGGGAUCGUCGUCGUCGUCGCCGCCACCGCGCCAAAGUCCUUCCCGUACUGCACAUUCCGCUUGUUCUUCGAAAAAGAAAAUCGUACGUCGACCGUCUCGACGACUCGGUUUUCCGCGUGCCUCUGUAUCAGAAAUACGAUCGGGAAAGUCCAGGGGCGAUCGCUUUCCGGGACCAAGAUAGCGCGGCGAUAACCGGGUGGUGGAGACGACGCUCGACGCGCGUCCCGCAUCCCGCGCUGAUAAGGACGCGCUCAAACUGCACUGAUCGAGUGACACUGACAAUAGCGACGCGUCGUGGUCAUCCGCGAAGACGCCCGUGCGUUGCGGAAUGGCGACGCGGAUGACUCGCGAGCGAUUCGUCGCGUCGCGACGAGAGUGACGAGCGACGUGCAUUCCGGCGCCGAAGGCACAGCGAAAAGGAAUUAGCGGUUUAUUAAUCGUCCGAGGACGAGUUAUUCGACGCGAUAAAAUACGUGUGUGGGACCAGGAAGUCGCUGCUGGAUCAGCGACAAUCCUGCUAAAGAGUUUUACGUUCGCUGCGCCUUCGGCCGAGUGAAUGAUAGUCACUUACAAAGAAGCUUUUUAGGAAAUUUUUCAACGAAGGCUCCGGUCAAUGACAAACCCACACGACAGUCGACGCGCUUCUCGUGACAAUAAAUUGUAUAUCCCGUAGAUUAGCGAAUUCUUUUGAAGAGAACCGCGUUCGACUCCUUCGUCGUUUGCAUCGACCGUACGGGCUUUCGGUAUACUCACAAUUUUACAUCAUGCGUUCUGCGAUAUUCGGCGUUUUUAGCCCGCGCGUUUUUUCCGCAGCUGCGAAACUCGACAGCCACGGGUUUCGCAUCGUCGCCGAUCUGCGCCGCGUGAUCGCCUAUAAAAUUUUUUGUUUGUCACGUUUGGUAUUCAUAGGCGCAUUUUGUGAUUAAGGCGAGAAUUGAAAAGAUAUUGCCAAAAAUUAAUUCAAUGCCUCAAGUCAAAAUGCAUCGAAAUGAAUUAUCUAUUUAAAAUUAACCGAAAAAUAACAUUUCGUUAUAUACUUGCAAUUCUGAAACGUGAUUUAUCAAAGAACUUCCUUUUAAUUCACAUUUUAAUUAACAUCUUAGUAGUUUCAUUUAAGAAACAUUAUUUCAAAUCCGCUUAUUAUCAAACGCUACAUAUGUCAUUCUUCUCCAAUGAGUGAUCUUCUCGCCUUAGUUUGAUUUAAUUUUAAAAGAAUUCGCGAAAAAAAUUGUUGCGAAAUGCGCAGUGCUUCAGCCAUGCAUUGCGCAUCGUGACGAUCUCCAAAAGACAUUGUUUCCAAAGUAUAUACCGCAUUUGCCUAAUCAUCCGUCGAGAUGUUUCCCAGGGAAAGUUAAAUCGUCCACCAUCGGAGGUCCAUUUUCAACAUUCACGGAAUGCAUAUCAUUAAACUAAAAUUAAUUUACCUUGCGUAUUGUUACGUUAAUUAAAGCGAAGAUGUUAUUAUUCGCGAAUUUAUUUAUCGUGUAAGUUGUUGAAUCCGCGCGAUUACAAAAGAUUUAUAUUUUAUCUGGAAGUGUGAAAAUUUACAUAUAGAUGUUACCUCUCUACUAUUGCACUUAUACUUUUUGCGUGCUCGCGGCUAGUCCACGAGUACUACCUCACAUCGAGAUUUUUACUGAUACUUUUAACGAUAUUAAUAGGAUAACGCAGUUUAUUAUGUACAUAUCGAUUUCUGUUAAAAUAUGUGAUUCAAAACUUCCUGCCUCAACAGACUGAAGUGAUAGAGCUUCGGUAUAUUCUCCGAUUAUGCUUUCUGAACGUGAAAGGCUGGAGAGAGAUGUUCAAGUUAUACUUAUGAAAGUGAACGUUCAAUAUUUGUAAUAUUUUUCUGACAAUAUUAUAUAAAAAGUUAUAUUUAUAUUUUCAA